UCCUGCACUGCACACAAUUCAUCAACCAGCGAAGAGAUUUCCGUACUAGACUGGAGAGCCUUUCUCUGCCCUGGGAUCUCUCCUCAGCUCUCGGCGGUGGGGAUGCCCCAAUGAGGAGACGCACUGCUGCCAUCCGACAUCUUGGUCAAUAUUUGCUUAACUGCAACAUGGUGACCAGGCUGUAAAUAUGCUACCAAGCCUAAUUGUACCUUUUCUUUUUUCACAAUUCACUGCCGCACUGGCUGGUGGAGGUGCUAGAAAGUGAAGAGAUCUAGAAGUGAAGCGAAGUGUCCAAAACCCCAGUUGUGCUCAGGCUGGGAGGUGUGCUACCGGCAUACCCGAAGCCUACAAAUCAAUUAUAAAAAAAAAAAAAGUGUAACUGUCAUACUCAGAUGAAGUUGAAGCAGAUGAACGCGUCUAGAAUAAUCCACCGGCAACUGCUGUCGUCGUACUUAAGAACUGCCAGAUGUGUUCAAACGUUGGCUAAUUCAGCAUGUGUAAAUGCACCAUGGGUUGGAGUUAUUGGACUAGAAGUCCAUGCCCAAAUCAACAGCAGAAGCAAGCUAUUUUGUCGCUCACUGAAUCAACACAAUGCCCCAGUCAACACAUGUGUUGGCAUAUUCGACACAGCUCAUCCCGGAACUCUCCCUGUAUUGAAUAAAGCCUGUGUUGAGGCUGCGGUGCUCACUGCAUUGGCUCUGGAUGCUCAAAUCAACCCUGUUUCAUACUUUGACCGCAAGCACUACUUUUAUCCUGAUAUGCCUGCAGGCUACCAGAUAACACAGCAGCGCAAGCCUCUGGCUGGACAUGGUCAGUUGUCAUUUGUGGUGAUCCCUCCUGAAGGUGUUCCCUACGUGUGUAAAGCUCAGCUAGUUCAGCUGCAGCUUGAAGAGGACAGUGGCAAGAGCAUUCACUCUCACAUGCACAAUAAAGUAUUGGUUGACCUAAACCGAGCUGGAGUUGGCCUCAUGGAGCUUGUGUUUAGUCCCUGUCUGCACAGCGCUGCAGAAGCGGCAGCAUUAGUGCGACACCUUGCUCUAGUCUUACGCACCCUUGGUGUAUGUACCACUAAUAUGAAUGAGGGAGCCCUGAGAGUUGAUGCUAAUUUAUCAGUUCAUAAAGCAGGCAAUCCCCUGGGCACCCGAACUGAAAUAAAGAACCUCAAUAGCUUCAGAUUUCUGGAACAAGCCAUUAACCACGAACUAGCCCGGCAAAUAUCCAUCUUGGAUGCAGGCGGUAACAUCGUCAACGAAACGAGGAGUUUUGAUCCUGACACUGGCACCACCGCCUCUAUGAGGGACAAGGAGGGACUGCAGGACUAUCGGUUUUUGCCGGAACCCAACUUGCCACCGCUUCGGAUUUGCGACAGCAGCACGGGCAGCGCACCCUCCUCCCAUGACUGCAUAGACGUCACUGAACUCCGCCGACGUCUUCCUCUUCUACCCAUAAUUUCUCAGGAAACUCUUAAUUAUUUGUUGCAUGGCUGCCAACUAAGUGCCAAAGACGCAUCUAAUCUCAUGCUGAGGAGAGCGACGUGCGAUCACUUACUGGCGACGGUGGAGGACGCGUGCGGUGCUCACGUGGCGGCGCACGACCUCAGCACAGUCGCUGCCGCGGCGUGCCUUCUGCUGCACUGCCACUCACGCGACAUGCCUUCCUCAGUGCAAGACGACAUCAAACUUCGGCUUCCAUCACCAACGCUGUGGAGCUGCGCGCAGCUUCUGAAGGACAACCGUGUCAGGCUCGAGAACGCUAAGGAAAUUGUCGCGAUGAUCGUGCGAGACGGGGACGCUCGAUCUCCCCAACAAAUUGCAGAGGAAGAGAAUUGGCUGGUGAGCUCUGACGUGGAAAUGAUCGAGGCCGUCACAUUGGAGAUCGUCCGCAAGAACCCUGAGCUGGUGGCGACCUACUUGCGACGGAGCAAUAACCCUAAGAAACUGCGACGACCUCUCGUCAAGCUCUCCAAGCUCACGCGCGAGGCGCUCGGCCAAGACGCUGAUGAAACCAUCGUCGAAAAUUCUAUACGACGCGCCAUACAAAUGACGCGUCCAACGGAUCCUGAGUGAACAUCCGUCAAAAUUUUUAUUCGUUGAGAUGAUGGUGGGAGAUGAAAAGCAUUGUAAAGUUCUUAUGCUCAUGUUAGUCAGCAGCUUGAUAAAAAUAAUAAUAAAAUUCAAAUAAAAGUACGUUGUUUUUAUUGAGAACGAUUGCAAGCUCUUAUGUUAUUGUUGUUUAAGGAAAAUGGGGACAACUUUGCUUGAGUGAAUCUGCGGUCGAUGCAGUGAUGCGAUCAUCGUGUGAUGAUGCACAGUGAGAAUAUGUUGAACAAUUUGCUCUACCUUUCGAUGUUGUAAUUUCUUGAAUUUGCUUGUCGUCAUUUGUCAAUAUAGUGAUCACGAACGUUC